GAUGUCAUCGUGAAAGGGCUCCCGGCUCCGUCGCACGCCCGACCUUUCCCCUACUUUCCCUUUUCCAGCUGACAGGAGCAGCUAGUGUUGUCAGCAGCCGCGCUCGGGGGGACAAGCACCGCAGCAGAUUUGCACAUAAAGUAGCCUUGAGGGAACAGCUCGACAUGUGGAUGAGCACUUUUGCACGUUUUGCUCUGCCCGGCCUGCAAAGGACCACCUCAGCCUCGGCCUGUCUGGCACUUAGGGCUUGUCGUCAGCUGAGGCCAACUGCAGCUCUGCGGCCCCCUUUCAUUGGCCCGGCGCACAUUUGUGGACACCAGACCCUUGGGUCUGCCUCCAUACCUUUUGCUCGCCAGUCAGUGAGGCAUGUCCGGGCCCUGGACGAGGAGCGGGUGGUUGAGGUGGAGUGGGAGGAUGGAGGGCAGAGUCUGUACCCGUUCACCUGGCUGCGGGACAACUGCCAGUGUCCGCGCUGCACGCUGGAGUCCGCUCAGGCCCGCCUGCUCUCGCUGUCUGACCUUGACAUCCACACAGGAGUGGAUGUGGUGGAGGUCACAAAUGACAACAAGGUGUCCAUUGUGUGGCCCGACCAACACAUGAGUGUGUUUGAUGGAGACUGGCUAAAGAAGCACUGCUUCUCUGCUGCUGCCAGGCAGGCUAUGCAGGAGGAGCUCUUCCUCAAUGAGCGUUAUUACUGGGACUCCAAACUGCGCAUCCCCACAGCCGAUUACCAGGAGGUGCUCCAUGAUGAUAAGGCGGCCCUCGCGUGGCUCCUGGCCCUGCGCCGCGUUGGCAUCGUCUACCUGAAGGGGGCGCCAGCAGAAGAGGGCCAAGUGGCCAGACUGGCGGACAGGAUUGGCUAUCUGAGGCUGACGUUCUACGGGCACACGUGGCAGGUCCAGGACAAAGCCAUGGCGAACAACGUGGCCUACACUUCCGGGAAGCUCAGCCUGCAUACCGACUACCCCGCUCUGCACUUUGCACCUGGGGUGCAGUUUCUGCACUGCAUCAACCAGGCUGUGAAGGGGGGGGAGAGCGAGGUGGUGGACGGCUUCCACAUGGCCAAGAAGCUGCAGAGAGAAGACCCGGAGGCCUUCAGGACGCUGACCUCGGUGCGCGUGGACUUCACAGACACCGGCACCGACUACUGCGAUUUCAUGCUGCAGUCCAAGAAACGCAUCAUCGAUGUCGACGCCGAGGGUCGAGUCGUGAGGAUAAAUUACAACAACGCCACCAGAGACUCGGUGCUGGACCUUCCCGUACAUCGGGUCCAGCCGUUCUACAGAGCCCUGAAGGCCUACGUGAACAUCAUGAACCGACUGGAGAACGUGGUCACCUAUAAAAUGGAGCCAGGCGACAUCGUGACCUUCGACAACUGGCGCUUGCUGCACGGGAGGAGGAGCUACAUCAGCCGACCGGACCGGCUGCGACACCUGGAAGGCGCUUACCUGGACUGGGACGAGGUGAUGUCCCGCCUCCGGAUCCUCCGCAAAGCCGUCCACGGGGAGCUGUGAGCGCCACUCUGAGAACAUGUUGGCAAAAACCCAGGUGCUCUUGAGCAAGGCAAACGUGAGACAGUAGUUCAAAAAGAUGUUCUUAUAACGAAGAUGCAACGAUUUAAACUCUUCAGUUUAGUGCAACGCAACAAUGCAAAGGUGAACAGAAUCACCCCAAAGCUUUCUGGAUAUUUUGUAGCUUAAACUAUGUUUUACAUUUGAAUGUCCAGUUUAUUUUUCUAAAAUAAUUAAAGAAAAGAAGAAAUCCUUUCAUCUACGAUGACUUGGGUGAGGGUCCCAUGACUUUCAGAAGAAGGAAACUAACUUUUUGUUGCCGUCUAGUGUCGACUUGAGCUUUUCUGUACGUUUAUGGAUAAAUUCAAAACUGCCUUAAGUGAGAGAAAGGUGAUCCAGUUCUCUCAUGAACAUGCUGGGAUUAGUCAGAAAAGAAAUCACAAAGAGAGUGGAUCUGUUUGGAACAUUUUCAGCACAUGAACUAAAUUAAUCUGGCAGAAAAAAGUCAUUCCGACAGCAUUUUAGCUGAGCAGGUUGUGUUGACAUUUCAGACAAACGGUGGAUUUAGUGGCACAAAAACUAAAUUCAAUGUUCAAUGAAUGUCUUAGGAUCUCCACUUUCAAAAACACCCAACCUGGCAUCGUAACAGAGCGCCGUGUUUCUCUCAAAAUCGCUUCAACAUCAACAAACAACCAGGAUGAAUCCAGAUUUAAGACUUUUUUUAAUGGAGGCUUUGAAAUGCCUUCUCUAGUGUGGAAAAUACUGUUUUUAAACAUUUUGGAUCUUCAAGACAAACGUGUUUCUCUGAAACAGGAGCCAUCAGCUACCAUCAUGCCAUAUUUGGUGCUUGUACCGCCACAUUCUUUUAAUAACAGAUUCCACAAUUUAGCCUGAUCUUUGCAGUGUUCCAGCACGAUGCCUUUACAGUCCACACAAGCGCCCGUUGUUUUCUAGGGAAGCUUUUUUUUUUUUAAAUAAAAACAAAAAAAUGUCAACACCAUUUUAUUUUUGUAAGGAAAGUUGUAAAAAUUCCUCAAUUGAUUUACGAAGCUGCUAUAAAUAAAGUUUUGAUGUUUUCAGC